CAGCUUCACUUCCUGGUUCAGAGUUUGAAUAUAUGUGCCAAAAUGCGUGAGCGAUUUGCCUGUCCAGACAAUUUAAACAAGCAUGCAUCAUGGGUUAUCUGCAUUUGAAAUAGUAUGGAUGCUUGACAACUUCUUUCCACGUUAUAUUUAUUUCAAAGCAGCGUCAGCCAACGAUUUUCUACACAGGAAAAUACGCCCGCACAUGAUUUGUGGAGAAUGAGGUUAGACGGGGAGUUUAUUGCUAGCUCUAAUUAGGGAAGCGUUGAGCUGAAAUAAUGCGACAUGAAUGGGAAGAUAAUUAUUAUGUAGGAGUGUUCAACCAAACAGGGAGGGGACCAUUCCAACCUCGAGCAUCAUCCACCCACAGUCCCACUCCAAAUGUUUCUGAGCAAAUGAAGCUUCAGCAGUUCCGUCUUCAUCUGCUGAGGAUUCAAGGACAAGCGCGGUUACACUAAGAUGAGGCAGCAAGUGUGGGCAAGAUCUGCCAAGGUGAGUGGGCCUUAGUGUGUGGACACGUUGUGGGAGAUGAAGAGUGUUCUUCCGGUGAGCGAAGGCAGUGAUGGAGGGCAGUCCCGAAGCCCCCAUACGAAGGUGGGCCGAAUGAAGAAGCUACUGGGGCUGAGGCCGAGUCACUCCGUGGACGCAUGUGACAAGGAGCCGGGGGUAUGGCUGAUGAGCUUCCAGUUGUUGGAUUCUGAUGAACAGUGUGCGGAACCAGUGCAGGAAUGGGGGGAGGAAGAGGAGAACGGGGCUGUGUUUGGCAUCACGCUGCGCCGAGAGCCCGUCUUGCCAAGCAUGGACGUGGCCAUGGCGACAGACGGCACAGCUUCCAGCUCGGUCCACUACAACACUGUAAAGCUGCGCAGGCUUAAAGCUGGCACCCUGGAGCACUUGGUCACCCACCUCCUGGAUCCUGAGCAGCAGGAGCGCGACUACGUCCAUGUUUUCCUCUCCACCUACAGAGCCUUCACCUCUAUAAGUCACCUUAUUGAGCUGCUUUUUCAAAGUGAUGACUCAAACACCAUCUGCGCGCAAAGUCCGUUGCUGCCAGUAAUCAAGCUGUGGUUGAGGGAAUACAGUGCAGACUUCCACGACCCCCCUCAAUAUCAAGCUCUCCGGCUCUUGUGUGCUAACUUGCGCCGGCGCCUCUGCUUCAGACGCUUGGCUCAGAGUGCAGAGAGUUUGCUGAAGUCGCUCCAGGAGCAAGAUCGCAGCCACUUUACGUCAGAGGACGACAGGGGUCUGCUCUGCAAGGAGGAAGACACAGACGUGUUUGUAAACUUCCGUGUCACAGAUGUAGCAGAGCAGCUGACCAGAUUGGACAUGGAACUAUUUGUCCAGGUCUUGCCAUUCCAUUGCCUGGGCUGCGUGUGGUCCCAACGAGACAAGAAGGAAAACCGCAAUCUGGCAUCCAGCGUCCGUGCCACCAUUUCCCAGUUCAAUGCAGUCACCAACCUCGUCAUCACUUCGCUGCUUUGCCCGUUUUCUCGUUCCCCCCCCACCUCCUCUCCCAUCUCAUCACCCAGCUCCUCCUUGAGCUUCCACUACCAUUCGAGUGCUCCAGCCCUACCUCAGUCCUCUCAAACCGGUCCUUCCUGCAGAGCAGGCAUCAUCGAGAGGUGGAUCGGCGUAGCACAGGCGUGCAGGCAGCUGAAGAAUUUUUCUUCCUUAUGGGCUAUCCUCUCUGCCCUGCAGUCCAAUGCUGUGUAUCGUCUCAAGAAGACCUGGAUGGCUGUUAGCAACGAAAGCAUGACUACCUUCAAGCAGCUGUGCAAGACAUUUCCUGACGAGAACUGUGUGCUAGCUAACCGAGAGAUCUUGACGGAUAAGCAUCAAAGUGGCAUCGUACCUUACCUGGGCUCCUACCUGAGUGUCCUUACGAUGCUGGACACGGCUCUCCCUGACUUUGCAGAGGGUGGCCUCAUCAACUUUGAGAAGCGCAGAAGGGAAUUUGAGAUUCUCGAUCAGAUUCGUCAACUCCAGGCUUCCUGUUCUCACUACCAACUUCCUGCAAACUCUCGAAUAAGAAACUGGCUGCUGGCGCACAAGCUCGUUCUUACUGAUCAGGAAAGUUAUGAACUUUCUCGUGAGCUGGAGCCUCCCGUCGAUCCAUGUCCCACUUCUCCCAAUUUUUGGAGCAGUCGGUUGCAGACUAAGAAGCUCAUCUCAUCACAAGCAAGCGGUGACCGUUCUCUGCGCAAGACGUCCACCGACCAGAUGAGUGUGUCGUCUUCGAGUUCCAGCAGUUCUGACAUGGACGACCUCAGCGUCCCUCAUUCAUCCCCGCUCAGGCUCAAACUCAAGUCCCUGUCCAGCUCAAUGCACAACAUCACGGAGGACACCAUCUCCAUGUCGUCGUCGUCCUCUUCUCCUCUCCUCUCCAGCUCCUCCUGCAGCUCCUCCCAUCCCGACCUGCGCUGCUCCUCUUUGGUGCCAAGGUCCGAUUCCUCCUCAUGCCCCUACAGCGCCUCCACGCAGUCCGUGCUGCCAGUUUACAACAAACAGCUUGCCGACUCGUGUAUCAUCAGAGUCAGCUUGCAGUGUCUCGACAACGGCAAUGUCUACAAAAGUAUUCUGCUGACCAGUCAGGAUCACACACCUCAGGUCAUUCAGAAGGCCCUGGACAAACACAACCUGGACGAGACAUUCAGCUGUCAGGACUUUAGCCUCUCCCAGAUGCUCAACGAUGGAAAUGAGCUCCACUUCCCCGACAACGCCAACGUGUAUUACGCCAUGUGCACCACCUCCAACUACAACUUUGUCCUGCAUCAACGCUGGAGGAGCCACGGGAGACACGUGGGCUCCUCCUCCAGUCCUGCAGUGCCGCCCCGUGUCCGCCACGCCAAGUGACGAGCGGCUGUCGAAGGAGAUUCCUAACUCACAGCUGCUUUGUUUGGCUUCCAAAGCGAGCCCCUCGGACACCUCCGAGCUGUGCUUAGAUGUCUUUUGUCAGUGCCUUGGCUGCAUUCGGACAUCAGGAUUUUGGACCUGCUCUAGGCUCUCACAAAGCCCGUUUAAAGCUUUUGCACAAGUAGAUGUCUCACUGUGACGCAGCAAAUGGGAGCCAGCUGCUAACUGCAACCUGCAUUGAUUUGUGAACAUUCUGCGAUUGCAAGUCGCCCGAAUGCAUCUUAAACAUUGGCACCUGAUUUUAGUGUUUAUUGUUUUAAUGUUACUUUAAAUCAACUUGAGUAUUGGAUUCAGAAUCAGUAUUCUGCUUUGCAGCAUUGUUUUGUCUAAUUUUGUAUGUGAACAUGGGCACACUUGUACAAUAUGAAGGAUACGAGCUCAUUAUGCCCCUGUCAAGUGAAGGAGAUCAUGCGCUUUUGCAGUCAUGCUCUUACUGUUUGUUUACAAUGUAUAUACAGUACAGUGGAAGACUGCUGAUUGACUUGCGAUGAUGUUACUAGUACAAGAUGGCAUCCUUCAUAUGUGAUGCUAUGAACAGAGUUAGCAUGGAGGACGGUUCUUGUAUGUGAAUGAAGUGUCCCAGUAAGUGAAAUGACCUGUCAGUGAUGUUAAAUCCUUUGAAACUGUUCAGUGUAAUUGCUGACCCUGUUAAAAUGAAUUUUGAAACAUUGCUAAAUUGCACGCAGGUUUGCACUAGAAUUUGCUUCACUGGCUUAAGCUCAAACAUUAUUUUUCCUGAUUUUGGCCCAACUGUUUGCCUACUUCUAUGUGACCUUGUCUGCGUAUAUUAAUAUUUUAUUGCAUUUUUAUGUUUUCCCCAAGCUGCUCAUAGUUUUAAAUACUGGCUAAUAAAGGCAUUGUAUUUCUUAUAA